AUUUCCCAACACUUGCAAACGAUAUGGUGAUUUGAGGAAUAAAAGUCUUGAUAAUGUUACAAAAAGAAAUGUCUUCGGCAGCAGCAGAGCCCAAGAGGCCGAGCCAAGAAAGGAACAGAGGAAGAAGCUAGGAGGCCGAACCCGAGAGCCGCGCCGUCUGGGGCGCCGGCUGACGGCCUCGUGGAGGAGGCGGCGCGGGGCGCGACAGCGGACGGGAGGGAUGCAGCCGUCUUCCUCGCGCCGGGGGGAGCUGCGGUUCGGGGAUCUCUGGGAAAUCAACGAGCGCGCCACCUGAAGAUCUCCAUGGCUACCGCCGCGGAGCUCGGGUACCUGCGCCUGACCGCUGAUGGAAUGGCCGUGGCCGCAGUCGCACGCCAAUACGCGGAUGCCGCGGGCCGACCCGUACGCCGGUCGGACCAGCGCGGUGGCAUCGCCUGCCCCGCUCCAGCAGGAGCUCUCGGAUGAAUAAAAGCGCCUCCAACUCGAUUCGUUCGCCUCCCUCCCCGAUCCCCAGAUCCAAUCCAAGACACGCCAUCGAUGGCGGCGAAGGUGCUCCAGCUCCGUAGCUCCGACGGCAAGGUGCUCGUCGCUCCGGCGUGGGACUAUCGCCCGACCGCCGCCCAAGCCCUCCCGCUGGAGACGCGGGUGCCCUCGCGCGCCCUCGAGAGGGUGCUCCAGUACUGGACCAAGCACAACCUUGCCAAGGCCACCGGUGAGUCCCGGGAGUCCCUCGCCCGCUGGGAUGCCAACUUCCAGCGCCGUCUCGAGGAAGACGGCCUCGCCAAGGAGGCCGCUGCAGCCGCCCAAGAACUCCGCCGCUACGGCGUCGACCAUGGAGGGCGUCCCCAUCGCCACGCCGCCACGGCCGCAUCUGAUGUCGCUGCUCCUGCAAAGGCGGCCCGUGUUGAUCCCGUCCGUGUCUGGUGUGUCAACCACGGAGAACGCAGCCAUGCGCCGGCGAUGCCCGGCUCCUUCGAUGCCUCUGAUACUGCCUCCGCCGCGCGUCCUGGGCCUGCCACCACCUUGCCGGCCGCUGCUGGUGCUGACCCCGUGGACGUCCGGUGCGCGAUCCGUGCCCGUGGACGCCAGAUGGCUGAAGACGAGGAGUCCGCUUGCCACCACCGCAAGUGCCCGGCUUCCAAGGCUCCACUCUGCCUGCCUGCCACUGCUGUUGCGCCCGUGAAGAAGGUCUCUCGUCCCGUCGCUUCCAAGGCUCGCUCUUUCGUCGGCUCUACAACAUUGCAUGUUACUGCUGUUGCUCCCGGUGUGAAGAAGGCAACUCCAGCUUCAACUCUGCGUGCAAGAAGGGGGAUGGGGGAGCUCAGCUGCAAGAUUCCGAAGCAAAACCAUGUCACCGCUGCAGCACCAAUGAAGCAACCAAUUGCUUGGCUGCGUCCAGUGGUAUUACGCCCUUGCUAGUCCUUCCUAAACCAUGCACACAUGAGUUUCAUUUAACCUUUGCAUCUCUAGGUUCUGCACUUAAUCACCAAGAUUUCUAGUGUUCUUUGAAUCCCUUUCAGUCAUUACUAAUCUUACAAGGGUGUCAGCAGAGUCCCCAUCUAGCUAGGCAGCAAAAAUCAUGCUAAGAUGUGUACGGCAUAGUUACACUACAUCCAUACCUGGUCCUAAGUUUAGGGUUUAAGUAAAUAAAGGGCACUUUCAAUAAAUCAAAGUAAAGCAGAUGAGCCUAAAAAGGAAACUCAUGUACUGCAAUUCCGGCACCUCGCCGCAAAAUCCAAAACGCCCGUUUGCUACCCGGCUUGUAGCAGGAAAAAGGAGUAGAAUUGAACUUGUCGAUACACACGUAAUCUUGUGAGCUGCCUAGCGUUUGGAGACUGUGCUGACUCUCUUGUAAACUUAAUCUUGGCUGAAUUGGAUUCUUAGGCAUUGGGCGUCUUGGUGAGUUAAAGUUGCAGUUUCCGACAAGUAACAUUGGUUAGUGAACUCUUGUGUGUGUGCGGGUGAAGCUUUGUGCUAAGCAAGUCCUCAAUGUACCGACUAUCAAGUCAUAUUGUAAUCAAUAUCAGAUAUUAAUGAAAAUUUGUUGGCCUGAA